CCGGAAGUGCCGCGGUUGCUAGGCUGCAGGUUGCUAGGCAGCGGCGUCGCGUCUCACUUGGGCCUUGCCCGGCUCCCAGGCAUGGGGGACUCGGAGGGCGAGGUUUUGCGGGGGACCUUCCCCAGCCUCAUGGCGGAAGGGACGAUGCUGAGCCGGCGCGGGGAGCUUGCCAAGGCUCUGACUUGCUACACCUACGCCCUGCAACUCCAGCCAGGUGACAGGAACUGCCUUGUUGCCCGUUCAAAAUGUUACCUGAGACUUGGAGAUACAGAAAAUGCCUUGAAGGAUGCAGAAGCCUCCCUGGCAGCUGACAAAGGGUUUACUAAGGGCCUAUACCAGAAAGCAGAAGCAUUGUACACUAUGGGGGAUUUUGAAUUUGCGUUGGUCUAUUACCAUCGAGGCCACAAGAUCCGCCCAGAGUUGCCACAAUUCAGGCUGGGCAUUCAAAAAUCCCAGGAGGCAAUUGAAAAUUCCGUUGGAAGCCCUUCUUCUGUGAAACUGGAGAACAGAGCAGACCUCUUCUUUCUGAGUCGCCAGGCAGAGAGUAAAAGAGCAAAACAGAAGCUUCAGGUCAAAUUUCCUAAGAAGGAUGCAAAGUACCUAGGCAGACAGGAGCCUGUGAGGAAUGAGAAAACCGAACGGCAGCUGCUGGGGGAGCUCUACGUUGACAAGGCUUUUCUGGAGAAAUUGCUCAAGGAUGAAGACUUGACCAAAAGCACCACGAAGCAAGGGGUGACUGUUGGACGCCUGAUCCAGGAAGGGCUUUCCUACCUCGAUAACCCGCACAGAUUUCUGGCAGCAGCAGAAACCUAUCUACGCCCGGAUGCAAGGACCGCAAAGCUCAUGCUUAAGAGAUGGACAAGAGGAUGCAAACAGCGCGAGCCAUCCGAGGUGGCCAGAUACAUACUUAAAGAGCAUGUGUUGACUAGCGGCAGCCCUGAAAGAAGCUGCCAGAAAGCUGAACAAGUGCUGAAAAAGAUCCAAGGCUGGUCUGACGAAGAGAUCCCUAACAGGAGCGAACUGGUUGGAAACCUCUACAGCUGCAUUGGAAAUGCUCAGAUUGAGAUGGGGAACAUGGCAGCAGCUUUGCAGAGCCACCAGGUGGAUCUGGACAUUGCAAAAGAAAAGAUUUCUAGCACCACUGGCUAUUCCCAGUCUCAGCUUGCAUGUGGCUACAGCUCCCUGAUGGACACAGAGAACAACUUCAAGCAUUACAAAACUCAGGAGCCACCAGUGAUUUUAUGCCCUGCAAUGCCACGCCCCCAGGGAUCAGGCUCCAGCUCCAGCUCCCAGGAUGUAGGACCAAAGGACAUCCAGGCCGUUCCUGGUUGCCAUCCAUCGCGCCUCUUCCCCACUGCCCCUUCUCCGUGCGGGCAUGGCUCCAUCUCGGCCAUCUUUGGCGCAGAAGCAGCAGCCAAAGUUUCCUUUCCUUAA